AGCUACACUCCCCCUCCCACCUUCCAACUUUGUAGGCAGCUCUUCCCCAGUCACCAGAAAAAUAAUCAAAAUGUAAAAAAGAGAGAGAGAAAACAAUGGACAAGUUGGCGCUUCUGCCUUAGGCAGCACGCCCUAGAUAGACUUCCGCCUGGGACCUUGUUCACCUUGAGGGAUUAUGCUCUGAUCCCCAUGUGCCAAAGUGUCAUGAUCCCAGGGAGCAUCAGAAGCGCAGAAAGAAGGAAAGAUGAAACGAGUGGAAAUGGAAAGCUGCAGAACCUAACUUGCCAUCACGAAGAGGGAGGGGAACUAUGGGAUGGUGCAGGGUUACCAAUUAUGCUGGCUGGGUUGCAAGAGCCGACUAAUGGUCCCCAGGCUAGAGAGCCUGGAUUGCUAGGCAGCAGAAGAGCGGCCCACCCUUCCACCAUCCCAAUCCAUAUUCCUGCACCCGAGAGAAAAAAGAGUGUGCACAGCCUCAUAUGGGUUUUAUACCCAACUGGCGCUAUCUGGAAUUACGUGAGCGGCAACCAGAAUCAUGUCAAAAGGGUAAAACCACCUGUAUAUAUAUGA